UUAUUUUACUAUUGGAUAAAGUGGUUUUUCAACAUGGCGGAAAGACUGACUGAAAUGCGCACUAGGGUCGGCUUACAAGAACAUGGAUUGAUUAACACACAGAAUACUGCUUAUCCUGGAACAUAUCAUGGUUAUGACGAUUCUUGGAAUUUCGAUGAGUUUAAAAAGAACUUCAGAAUUGAUGUUGUUAGCCUCGAGGAGAACAACAUUGAAUUUGAUAUGGUUGGUAUUGAUGCCUCGAUAGCCAAUGCGUUUAGGAGGAUCCUUUUAGCUGAAGUUCCAACGAUGGCCAUUGAGAAAAUUCAUAUCUUCAAUAAUACGACGAUUAUACAGGACGAGGUGUUAGUUCACCGUCUUGGUCUCAUUCCAAUCUUCGCUGAUCCAAGAAUGUUUAACUUCAAAAUCUCCGAAGAAGAGGAAUGGACCGAGGAUAACGUCAUCGAGUUUGAAUUGAAAGUGAAAUGCACGCGAAAUCCUCGCGCGUCAAAUGAGGCAGUUGUUCCAGAUGAUCUUUAUAUAAACCACAAAGUCACAACAAAACAUUUGAAGUGGAUCCCAAAAGGAAACCAGAAAGAAAAGUUUGGUCCUGAUGGUAUCAGACCAGUUCAUGAUGAUAUUUUAAUUGCAAAAUUGAUACCUGGCCAUGAACUGGAUCUUCGGUUGUUCUGUUUCAAAGGAAUUGGACAAGAUCAUGCAAAGUUUUCUCCUGUUGCGACAGCUUCAUAUCGUUUACUGCCUGAGAUUACGAUAGUCAAAGCUUGCGAAGAAGAACUGGCGGAAAAACUUGUCUCCUGCUUUCCUGAAGGCGUCAUGAAAAUUGAGAAGAAAAACGGUGUGAAAACUGCUGUAGUUUCUGACCCGAGAAAAGAUACAUAUAGUCGCGAGGUGCUGCGGCAUGAAGAUCUAAAAGACAGAAUAAAGUUAUCACGCGUUCGAGAUCAUUUUAUCUUUUCUGUCGAGUCAACCGGCGCAUUGCCUCCUGAUGUCCUCGUCAGUGAAGCUAUAAAACUAUUAAAAACAAAAUGUACGCAGUUUCUGGAUGAAAUGGACAAAACGGGAAAGUAGUGAGGAAAAGGUAAUCUUCUAUAAAAGUGAGUGAAUUUGUUUGCUUCGAUGUAACGUGUUGUG